AUGCAGAACCCCCAACAUAAGUCAGGACAUCGGUCUGAGUUGGACUCAACUGUCAACAGCGAGUUUGAUGACAACGCGGACAAGUAUAGAGAGCUCAGGACAGAAUCAUUUCUAGGUUACCUCAAUCGAGGGAACCCAGACGGCCUGAAUAGUCCAGUUCCAUCAUUACCGGAGCUACCGGACCCAAUUCCUCGUACUGACAAUCACUCAGUGUCGGCAUACACGGUACAGGAAACAUCUGAGGUUCUCAAUCAGCCAAUCAGUAGACCAAACUUUUCACAUUAUUCCCCUCAAAAUCCAGACAAUGUUUUCCAAACCGAUCGUAUAGACGACGAAUAUCGUCGGGCAUCCCCAGCCACACCCUUCUCCGAGACGCCCACGCGGGAUACAAGAGCACUAACACCAUUGAUCAUCAAUCCUCCAACAGCCAUCUCUCGCUAUUCGCAUCACACUGUUGGAUCCGGAUUAGCGGAUCCUUAUGACUGUGAAGGCUACCGUUACUCAGGCAUGAGCUUUGGAGAUAAACCACUUAAAAGUAGGGUCAACAGGACACUCAAACCGUCCCGUCGGAAACGUGUAAUAUUCGUAGUCUGUGUCGUAGUCGUCGUUUGCACCUGCGCCAUUAUUGGACUAGUAAUUGGCGUGAUAACCAAGGGCAAAGGGGUAAACGAGAGUGAUGGUGUUACUCGGCUGCCGCGAGGUGAUAAAAUGUGGGGUGUUGGAGGGGAUACCAUUACUACCGACAAAGGAAACAAAUUUUUAUAUAAUAAUACCUUGGGCGGGACAUGGGUUGGAAUUCCUUACAACGAUACUGCUCGUGCCCAGGGCAACCAACCAGCAUUGAACGAACGGUGGGACUACUCGACAAACAAAAUUAUUGGGGUUAACCUGGGUGGUUGGCUAGUAAUCGAACCGUUCAUCACGCCUGGUCUUUUCGAUCCUUAUGUCCAAGAACAGAACCCUCCCAGUGAUGAAUGGGAACUUAGUGUUCGGUUAGGAAGUUCACUGGCGAAAACAGUCGAGGCGCAUUAUGACAGCUUUAUAGUUGAAGAAGAUUUCGCCCAGAUUGCAAGUGCAGGCUUGAAUUGGGUUAGGAUUCCAGUGGGUUGGUGGAUGAUCGAGACUUUGGGAUCCGAGCCCUUCUUAGCAGGAGUGUCUUGGAAAUAUUUCUUUCGUGCUAUCGUUUGGGCAAGGAAGUAUGGUCUUCGAAUCAACCUUGACUUACACGCGGUUCCUGGCUCUCAGAAUGGCUGGAAUCACUCGGGUAGAUUAGGAACUGUUGGCUUCUUGUCAGGAGCCAUGGGGAUUGCCAAUGCUCAAAGAACUCUCAAUUACAUUCGUACUUUGACUCAAUUCAUCAGCCAGCCAGAAUUCAAAAACGUGGUACCUAUGUUUUCUAUCUUGAAUGAGCCUGAUGUCAGCUUGGGGUCAAACAAAGUCUUGGUAUCAUGGUAUUAUGAAUCUUACAAGUCGAUUCGACAAAUUGGUGGAAUCGGAGAAGGAAACGGACCAUUCAUAGUCAUCCAUGAUGGCUUUCAGGGAAUCGGAACCGGUGGACCAGCCAAAAACCCUUGGAGUGGGAUCUUACAGGGUUCAGAUAGGAUCGGACUAGAUUCUCAUACCUACUUUGCUUUUACCACCCAGCUGAGCGAUGUGAACGCCACACGGCCUUGCAACGCCUGGGCAGCUCGGAGCAACCAGACUAUGGAGGGAUUUGGUCUCACGAUGAGUGGAGAGUGGUCUUUGGCAAUCAACGAUUGUGGCCUAUACGUGAACAACGUUGGUUGGGGACAGCGCUACGAGGGUACCUACCCUAAUGCCACCAGGCCGGACCGUCGGUUCCCAAAAGUUGGCAGUUGCGAUGAAUGGCUUGACCAUCGAAAAUGGUCUGAAGCUCAGAAGAAAGGAUUCGCGGAAACCGCCUUAGCUUCUCAAGAUGCGUUGAUCAAUUCGUUUUUCUGGACAUGGAAAAUUGGAAAAUCUAUCAGGCAAGACUUCCCGCCAAAUCCAAUGUGGAACUAUAAGCUGGGGCUUGAAGCUGGAUACAUCAGACCGGAUGCCCGAGCCAGCGCAGGGCGAUGUGCGGCGCUUGCAUCCGAAUAUCAGGUACCACUGACUACAUACGAUUGGUCAGGAACUUUGGCUUCAUGGCAGACAGGUGGUGCGGGGGCAGGCAACAUUGCCCAGAGUCAGAUAGAUGCAGUUGGACCGUUCCCGCCGGCAACCAUUUUAGGCGCAGCUCCGAACGGCCAGGGGACCUACAAUACUCAAAGUCUUCCUCAGCUUGCUCCAACGGGGGCUCCCAUAGUCCUCAAGCCAAUCCCAAUCGUAAUGGAUUCAAAAACUUUCAGUGGCGGAGACGGCUGGUUCAAUAGAGCUGAUAAAGCCGGAUACUUUGCUCCCCUAAUACUUCAAAUUCAGCCUCAAAAACAUGAUUAUAAAGUAGAAACUUCAACCUAA